AUGACCACCAUUGAGUCAACUUCUGAAAAUAUGUCAAGCGUUGUCCUUGUUACUGGUGCUACCGGCCUGCUCGGCCGGCAGGUAUUCAACACGUUCAAGCACUCAGGGUGCUUUGUCGUCGGUCAAGGCUAUUCGAGAGCCAACCCACCGACCAUCCUGAAAGCCGAUUUAGAGAACGAGGACGACGUUCAGCGUAUCUUGGACGAAGUAAAACCUCAGAUUAUCAUCCAUUGCGCCGCCAAUCGUUCUCCCGAUCUGUGUGAACAAGACCCGGAGAAAGCGCGCCGGGUAAAUGUCGAGGCUACGCGCACCCUUGCAGAAGAGGCCUCGUCCCGCGGCGCAUUUCUCAUUUACAUCUCUACGGACUACGUUUUUCCCGGCAAGGAAGGUGAAGCUCCGUAUGAGGCUGAUGCAGAAACGAACCCUCCCAACCUGUAUGGCCAGCUGAAGCGGGAUGGUGAGCUUGCGGUCCUGGAAGCGACCAAGGAGACCGGACUCGGCCUCGUCCUUCGGGUGCCCGUCCUGUACGGCCCUUCUGAGAAUAACUCAGAGAGCGCGGUAAACUGUCUGAUCGAUGCGGUGUGGAAGUCUCAGGUUCCCGAGUCGAGCGUGAAGAUGGAUGACUGGGCCCAACGGUAUCCCACCAACACCGAAGAUGUUGCGCGCGUGUGUCGCGAUAUUGUCAUUAAGUAUAUCAAGGAGCGGACGCGGUUGCCGCAGCAGCCCCAUAUUCUCCAAUUCAGCUCGGAAGACCGUAUGACCAAAUAUGAGAUCUGUGAGACGUUCGCGGAGGUACUCGGGCUACCCCUGGAUAGGAUGAUCAGGAAUAAGCAAGGGAACGAUCCCAACGGAGUACAAAGACCCUACGAUACUCAUCUAUCGACCAAGGGACUUAAGGACCUCGGAAUUGAUGUCCGGACUACGGAUUUUGUCGCGUGGUGGCGGAAACAUCUGGGCGCAUACAAAAAAUAA